UCUUUCGGCUUCCGCAAGCAGCUUUUGACUGUCAACUCACCGCUGAGAGCAACUUUACUCUAUUGCUGGAUUUACCAUCACUUUUGGAGUACAAAAACUUACUUCCGCGCUGUAGACCAUCACUUGGAUGAAAUUAUGUUUUAACCAGUGUGCUUGUCGUUAUAAAGAGUAAGUUUUGGGUCAUAUUAAGUGUUUGAUGGCUGCUGGGGAUGGAGCCCAGCUGCCGGCGACCGUAGCGGCCAGCAGGAGCGUUGAGAAAGCGCUCGAGGAGGCUGCGUCCAGCGGCGCGCUCAUCCUCUCCAACCGGAAACUAAAGGAGUUCCCCAGCACCGCCAGGAACUAUGACCUGUCCGACAUCACACACGCAGACCUGUCGAAGAACCGGCUCUGUGAGGUGCCAGAGGCGGUGUGUCAAUUUGUUUCCCUGGAGACGCUUAGCCUGUACCACAACUGUGUGCGAUCCCUCACGCCCAACCUGUGCCAGCUGCAAGCUCUCACCUACCUCAACCUCAGUCGUAACCAGCUGUCCAGUCUCCCGCUGUCAGUAUGUCAGCUCCCUCUACUGCGGGUGCUCAUCGUCAGCAACAACAAGUUAUCAGUUCUGCCGGCCACUAUACACACCCUCACACACCUACGUCAACUGGAUGUGAGUUGUAAUGAGCUGCAGUCUCUGCCUGUUGAGCUGGGCCAGUUAGAAUGUUUAAGGGAUUUAAAUUUGAGAAGAAACCAGCUUACAGCUUUACCUGAAGAGUUGUCAGAGUUGCCUCUCGUCCGGUUGGAUGUGUCAUGCAACCGCAUAUCUCACGUGCCUGUUUGUUACCGCCAUCUGCGGCACCUCCAAACCAUCAUCCUCGACAACAACCCCCUCCAGAUGCCCCCAGCCCAGAUCUGCUCCAAAGGAAAGUUCCACAUCUUUAAGUAUCUGAACAUGGAGGCCUGCAAGAGGACCCAGGAUCAGUUCGAGAAAGCGCUUCGGCCCACUGCCUUCAACAGCUGUCUCUCUAAUCUCUUGGAUCAGGACCUGUUCCCUAGUCAGUAUGGCGCCCUUGACUCUGGGUUUAACAGUGUGGACAGUGGCAGCAAAAGAUGGUCAGGAAAUGAGUCUGCUGACGAUUUCUCAGAGCGUUCGUUACGAUUGACAGAGAUUUCCCGUGAACACACAAAUUUUCAGGAGGAAGAGGAGAGAGACAUGUUACUAAAAACACCCAAAGUGAAUGGAGACCUUGAGCAAGCUGAUUUCAUGUAUAACAGUGUAACAGAGGAAGAGGAGGAGAGGUGCCAACCUCCACAUACAGAGCCCUCUCAGGAAAAGAGUGAAAGUACCAACAGCACACCCUCCCAGAGCCCCGAAUCGACCGGCAGCAGAAUAUUUGUGAUUGGAGAUGGUUCAGAUUAUGUCUCUCCAUCCAGCCCCACUCUAGAGGAGAAGAGGAGGCCUGGAAACCUGCUCAUCUGGCAGGAGAGAGAGAGAGCGCAGCAGCAGAGAGACAGAGCCAGCACUUUGCAGAAGAUCACUGUAAAAACAGGAAGUAACUCGGCGACAACGACCAAGCUCGGAGGAACAGGAAGUGUUUCAGGUGGUGACAGCUCAGAUAGCAGCUCUCCACCUAACGGCUUAAAACAGAGAUGUGCUAGUGUAGAUCAGGUAUCUUCAUCUUCUCAUCCUGUGUCAUUGCAGCACUCCAUUAGUCGUCCAGAUGCAACUGUGAAGCCUUGUUCUCCCACAAGUUCUGCUCCCAAACCCAACAGCUUCUUAUUCCGUACGUCUUCACGCUGCAAUGUCAAGACAGGGUCAGCAAACAGUUUGGCUGAGUCUGGCCGCAGUGAAUCUCGCUCCACGCUCAAAUCCCCACGAGAGGAGAGAGUGGACGUCUUACAACUGCGUAAGUCUCUGGAGUCGCGUCUGAAGAUCACUCUGCCUGAAGAUCUGGGAGAAGCGUUGUCCAAUGGCACAGUCCUCUGCCAGCUGGCCAAUCAUGUGCGACCUCGUUCUGUAUCAAUCAUCCAUAUCCCCUCACCGGCAGUGCCAAAACUGAGUGCUGCCAAGUGUCGCCUCAAUGUUGAAAACUUCAUUGCUGCGUGUCGUAGACUGGGAGUCCCUGAGAUGGAGCUGUGUUUAGCAUCUGAUAUCCUGUGCAGUAAGCUACCUGCAGUGCAGCGCUGUGUGAAGGCUCUCCUGGCAAAAACAGGAGGAGAGGAAGACGAGAACAGCACCUCUCCCUCUGUCUCUCCUGCUUCCACCUUCUCCACCGGCUUCCUGCUCUUCUACUCUUUUCUUAUGGCUUUGCUCUAUCUGUUAUACUGUCACCUUAUUGCAUAAAUGUGUAUAUGUAUGUGGUGAGUGAGUAAGAGAGCGAAUGAGUAAUUAAUGUGUAAAUGUAGUCCAUCAUCUCUUUUACACACACACACACACACACAGUUAAAAAAAAAACCUUCCCAGACACAUUUAAAGGGAUAGUUCACCCAAAAAUGAAAAAGCAUCCACUCACCCAUGUGUUGCUUCAAACCCAUAUGAUGAACAACAUGAGAGUGAGUAAUAUUUGGGUGAACUAACCCUUUCAAAAUACGUAUUUAGUUGCUAUUAGCAAAUUAAUCUUCACAUGCACUUCACAUACAGUCCAUAAACCUGUGAGGGCACGUACUGUAGCUGUUGAACAUGAGCCAUUUGUGGUACAUCACAGCAAACCCCUGACCAAUAAUGCAUUUUAGAUCACACAAUAGCACUUAUGUGCCCCAUAGAUCUCAGUUUGGGAUACAUUUGUUGGUGGUUGUAGGUUUGGUUAAAUAUCACAUAAUAUCAGCAUUAUUACAUGGAAUGUCUGAUGCUGUCAUAUGGUAAGUCACUAAGGAUUUCCUUUUUUUUUCACCAUAAAAUAGCUUAUUAAUAGUCAGAGAGUGACUACAGACUCAAUUUUCUACAAAAGAUGUGGACUUUAUCUGGAGGUAGACAUGGUGUCAACUUUAUGAAGGGCUACUCCACCCAUCUGCCUUAGCAUUACUGUUGAUUCUUUUUUUUUUUUUUUUUUAUGUUUUUAUUGUGAAUGGGUUUUUUUUAUUUUAUUUUUUUAAGGGCUUUAAAUUGCUUGUAUUUGCUCUGAAAGGUCAUAAUAUGAAGUGCCUCCAAAGCAGAAAGUUCAUACAUGUUCAUAUGUUCGCUUGAGUGUCUAGCUAAUCUUUCCAUUCGCUCUUACAGCAGCACACAAAUGAGCUUGUAGCAUCUGGGAAUAUGUUGACAGUGUGGUGAUGGUACUUAUAAACUGAAUUUGGUCUAAUACGGAGGAUGUUUGUUGUUCCGUUGUUUUUCCACUUUUUCUUUCUUUCUUGUCUUGUUGACUGUGACCACCAGAGGGCAGUGCUGUUUUAAAACUAAUUGCUCCAACACUUUUCAAUGGUACUAAUAUGAUUCAAAGCUGUGUUAACUGGUUACAGUUUUUUUGUUGAAUGUUUGUUUUGGUCUUCAUGAGAGCGACUUAAUAUAAUUCUCAUAUGCAGGCAGUUCAAGAUUAAGUUAUUGUUUUAUUUAUGUCUGCUGAUCUAUGUUCCGCUAAAGCUGCAUCGGUGGAAACAUGGUGCCAAUGAGCGCAUUACGUAAAACGGACUAAUCGCAUUUCUUUCGAUUCUUCUUGAUAUUUCAGUUGGCCAGAUUAAUUAGGUAAUACAAUUAGGAUUGCAUGUUCAUUUUGAGCUGGAAAAGAGGAGCAAGAUUUUGAGAUUGGUUACUCGCCAACAAUGGCAAUUGUGUUGCCUUUUAAAAUCCACAUGUGCCACUACUAGUGGAGGGCACAAUGCGGAAAAGCAGGCAUUACCGAAUUACAAAUUACACAAUUUCUUACAUCGAAGAUGAGACGGUUGUGAGUCAUGCUUCUCUUCAGCUGUCGCUUCUGGAUUCUGAAUGUGGCCAUAAUGGUUUUAUAGUCCUGUAUUGUGCCAUGGCACCCAUCUUUCCCAGUGCUGUAUGUUGAUGUUGCUUUUGUAUUCCGUGCCUACUUAAUGUGAUUUAGGAGCUUUGCAGACAGUUUACUAACGAGCAGCCUCUCAUCUGGAGAGAACGAUAAGAGACGAGUGAGUAUGUGAGAGAGAGACUGGGAAACGAGGGUAGGUGAGCGGAUGUGCUAUGACUGGUGAUGUUACCAACACAAGCUCUCACCCUAGGACGUCUUAAACAUAUUUUAAAGAAAUAGUUCACCCAAAAAUGAAAAUUCUAUCAUUUGCUCACCCUCAUGUUGUUCUGAACCUAUAUGACUUUCUCAAUCACUUUCACUUUCGUUGCAUCUUUUGCUUUGGAACGACAUGAGGGUGAGAAAAUGAUGACAUCAUUUUCAUUUUUGGGUUAAAAAUCCCUUUAAGUGAGUUUGUUCAAGCGUAUGUAAGUUGGUAUGGUUUUACAACAAUGCACAUUGUUUGUCGGCGCUAAAGCUAAUUAUAAUAGCCGUUUCAUUUGAAAUGUCCACUGAUAAUGGACUUCACAUUUAGCUUAGAUGGCUCUCAUAAUUGCUUUGAGGGGUUGUGUCUAACUGCAAUAUGAAAUGAGGAGGUUGCGACAUGUUACAUGUGCAUGGAAAGGCUUUCACAGGGGAUGACUGCAAAUUUUUCCCAUUUUUCUGAUACAUACUCUAAAUGAAACUCUUGACAGUUUAGUGGACACUAGAACUACAUGAAUGUUUCUGUCCACAUGUUACCUAGUGUAACCUAAUGCAAUGUAUUUUGUAAUAUUUAUAAAAUACUGUGUAUUUAAGAAGGUAAUACGUGUUUAUAUUGUUAUUAAGAAUUUUUUUUUUGUCUGUAAAGAAACUAUUAAAAAAGGAAACACUGAUUGACACGUUGUCUGCUGCUUUACAUGUGCUUUUGUCAAAUGUUUGUGACUGUGUUGCUCUCGCUAAUGAUUCAUUCUGCUUUAGUUCUUUGUCUCUCCGCUGAGGAUGAAAUCCUCACGUCAGCUCAUCUCUGUAGCUUGCGAAUCCUGCUCUUCUGUGCCCUUUACUAAAAGGUAAGUGUUGAUUCAUUGAGUGGAUAGUGGAAAAGAGAGAAGGAAUGGUAUACACUAACAUAAAUUGAAAAAAUAUUUUAGAUUCUGCACUAUUUCUAGGUCACUAAUCAAAUGUAAUUUUGCAACAUUGUACAUUUGUAUGUAAGGUUGGAAUUCCUUGCUUCCAUUGAAGCACACAAGAUGCUCUGGGAUAUUCUCAAAUUGUGCUGGGAUAACAUGGAUCAACAGGUUUUGCACAAACUCAUGGGGUCCAUGGUAGCCCUAGUGCAUGCUGUCAUCAAAGAUUAUUAUUUAUUUAAUAAAUAAUAAAAAAUUCUGGUAACACUUUAUAAUACAUUUCCAUUCGUUAGCAUAAGUAGAUGCAUUAGGUUUCAUGAACUAACAAAGAACAAUAUAUUUUUUACAGCAUAUAUUAAUCUUUGUUAAUGUUAGUUAAUAUAAGUACAAUUGUUCAUUGUUAGUUCAUGUUAGUUUACUUUAUAGUGUAUUAACUAAUGUUACUGUACACAACGUUUGCUUUUAAAAAUGUAAUGGUAUAUGUUGAAAUUAUCAUUAACCAAGAUUAAUAAAUGCUGUAAAUGUAUUGUUUGUUGAUGGUUCAUAUUAACUAAUGUUGAAAAAAUGGAACCUUAUUGUAAAGUGUUAUCGAAUUUUUUAUUUAUGUAUUUUUUAAUCACAAACUUAGCUAAAAACCUAUUAAAACUAUGACUGUCAAUAGAAUCAAAUAAUCAUGAUUAAUCUCAUCAGUGGCGUCGGCAGGAUUCUGAUCCAUGGUACGCAGAAGACAAUAAAAAAUUGUAAUCAUGAACCUCAGCAGUUAUUUGUUUACAUUAUGCUUUUUUAAUUCAAAUGUUUUCAUUUAACUUUAUUUUAAAUAUUCUAAUUUAGUCUUAAUUUAAAUAAUUGUUAUGAUAAACUUGCAUUUAAACCUCUUAAGUUGACAGCUCAUUUGCACAAUAAUGAAGCCUUUACAUUACAUUUCCAUUGAACAUGUUAUAAAUAAUGUGGAGGUUGUACUUGCUCGUUUUAAUUAUUGGGGGGUUACCUCCUCCCUCACCCCCCACCCCCCGGAAUCUACGCCCCUAGAUCAGGAUAUUGGAUAGAAACGGCAAGGAUUCAUAUUUUCCUUAGUCAGAUUUUCAGAAACACGAUUAAAAAUGCUAAACGUUUCGAUGGAAACACAGCUAUUGUUAAACGAGAGGCUGUCACGAAACGUUAUUACAAUUACAUUCUCCUUGAUAACUCCAGAAUAACAACUGAAUACGUCGAGCAUCCCAUCAAUCACAUUCUUUCAAAAAUAAUUCGAGUUUCGCUAUUGGUUUGAAAAGUCUGAGCGCCUGUAUUAUUUGCUUUUGCUUUUUAAUUUUCAAGCCCAAGUUUAAAACCCCUGCUCUAUGAUGUUACAGGAUAAGUAAAGUCCAAACAUUUUACUAAAUCAAUUAAUCAAUGAAAUUAUGUAAUGCAUAAGUAGUCAACAUUCAAAGUUAAUUCUACCACCUUUGGCAAUUACAACUAUUAGUCUCAGUGGGUAAGUCUCUAUCAGUGUUCCACAUAUUGACAAUGGAAUUUUUGCUGGAAUAUUCCGCUUGGCAAAAUUGUGCCAAUCACAGUCCUUGGCAUUUAGGCCAAACAGUUCCAUUUUGAUCUCAUCAGACCAUAGCAAGUAUCUCUCCAGUAGUAGGAAUGAGUAACACUGCCAUAAUAUCUUCUUCUCAGGAUCUUUCAUAUAACAAUGGCCCCAAAAUUUAUUUUGGACAAUUAAGCCACACAUAAAGAAAUAGUUCACCAAAAAUUUUAAUUCUGUCUUAAUUUACUCACCCUCAUGUCGAUCCAAACCUGUAUAACUGUAUUUCUUAUGUAGAACACAAAAGGAAAUGUUUUAAUGAAUAUAUUCUCACCAAUGCAAUGACAGUGGAUAGUGCCUCACUUUGAAGCUUAAAAACAGACCCACAAUUAUCAAAAUGCUCACUAAUGUGAAAUGGAUGCCCGACAUUUCAGGUUGGUUCUCGCAAAAAUAUCGUAUGCCUUCAGAAGACUUGGAAUAUGGGGCACGAGUCGCAUAGGCUAUACUUUGUUAUUUGGGAUCUUUAUUUAAGCUUUAAAGUGAGUCUCUAUCCACUGCAAUUGAACUGAAAAGGCAAACCGUAAAAACAUCUCCAUUUGUGUUCCGCGUAAGAAAGUCAUUACGGGUUUGGAACGACAUGAGGGUGAGUAUAUUAUGAUGGAAUUUAAAUUUUUUGGUGAACCAUCCCUUUAAAAAUAUUCAAAAGUCAUUGCUUUGAGCCAACUCCUGCUUAGAUGUGUUAUGAUUCUUUUUACUCAUUGUCAGUGUUACACGUGGAAGUGCACUAAUUAGUGUAACAAGUCGACAUGGGAGGCGGGCGCGCUAAUGAGGAGGCUAAAGUCUACAGCCCCUAGCGUCAGUAGCUAGUGCGCCUCUUGAGGCCAGGGGAGUGAGGUUUACACAUACUGCACAGCUAUCACGUACCAGCUGGCUCCCAUUACAUUAGGAUGCUAUCCGAUGCAGGUGUAUUUAUUGUGCAAUCAUAAGAAGCAUCUCAGCUGUGUACAGGUAUAUUCUAAUCAAGCAAUUAUGUGCAGAGAUGUGGUUACUUAAGAGCUAAAGUGUGUCAAAGCAAGAGGAAAUCUAUUUAUGUGAUUAGUUAUUUUCUGUUUAUUAUUUAUAAAUUAACUGGCAGGGUCUUUUUUUUUUUUUCUUUUUUUUUUUUUGGUGUGUGUUCAUGUGUGGGCAACGUUCUUUGUUAAAUACACCAUUCGUUAUAUUUAUGUAUAUACACCGAUCAGCCACAACAUUAAAACCACCUGCUUAAUAUUUUAUAGGUCCCCCUCGUGCUGCCAAAACUAUCUCAGAAUAGCAUUCUGAUAUGAUAUACUUCUCACCACAAUUGUGAGAGC